CAGAGAAUUCCUGCUGGCACCUUUCUCUGCGGGAUUACUCUCCCUGCACCUCCCUCUCUCCUCACCUCUGCUUCGGGGUAUAUAAGCCGGCCAGGACACCAGCAAGCACUCACUCCCUAGCUCUUGACUACUGAGGCACCAACACUCCUCUCCUACAGCAGCAAGAUGCGUACCUUUGUGGUGUUCUGCUUCCUGGUGGUGAUUGCUGCCACCACCACCUCAGCUGUCCCCGCCCCAGCCCCCGCCGCUGCUGCCUUGGGACCCCCUGCAGCUAUUGAUGCCUUCAUUCCCCCAGCUGUGAAGGCCUUUAUUCCCACUCCAGAGGAAAUUGCAGCACUCAGCGCACUACACACCACCACUGCAGCUCCUGCCACUGCUCCUAAAGCAGCAUAGAGGCAGCAGCAGCACACACCUUGCCAGCCACCACUUCACCUGCCCUCGGCUGCCUUGCUUCCAAGCCUCCACAGCAGAUGACAGACGGACAAUGCUAUCGUGUCAAAGUGUUCUGCUCUCCAUCUAACCUUGGGUCUAUGAUGGCUCGUGCACUACACUAAUGUAUCUCAUGGAUUUUUUUCAUUUUUUAAAUUUUUUCUUCUGAAUUCAUGAAUAAAAAAGCCUAAGCAA